AGCUGCACAGGAAAGAAUUUCUGGCACGUGCGAUGUCCACACGGUGCACGUGUCCACCACUUAAAUUUCCAUCUCCGUCACAACAGCAAGAAACAGCGAGUUGAGGUAGGCGAAAGGUGCGGAGAGUGGGAGUGAGCCUGGGGCUAGUGAAGCAGGAGUGGCCAUUGACGGAGCAUCGCCGCCGGUGCAGAUAAUAAUGGGGGAGGAAGGGAAGAAACCGGAGGAGAAGAAGGCUGAAGAUGAAAAAAAAGCAGAUUCCAAGGUGGAAGGCGAAAAAUCUAAAGCAGAAGAAGGGAAGAAAGCUGGCGGUGGUGAUGGUGGUGGAGAAGCCGGUGGCGAGGGUGGAAAGAAAGAAGGCGGCGAAGAAGGCAAAGCAGAGGCGGCGCAGCAAGCUCCUCCACCUCCUCCGGAGGAAAUUCUAAUGAGAGUCUACAUGCAUUGCGAAGGCUGCGCUCGCAAAGUUAAGCGGAGUCUUAAGGGUUUCGAUGGAGUGGAGGAAGUGUUGACUGACUGUAAAACACACAAGGUGGUGGUUAAGGGGAAGAAGGCGGCUGAGGAUCCUUUGAAGGUCGUUGAAAGAGUGCAGAAGAAAAGUGGGCGUAAGGUUGAGCUGCUUACUCCCCUGCCUCCACCUAAGCAGGAGAAGAAGGAAGAAGUGAAAAUGGAAGAGAAACCCAAGCCGGAGGAGAAGAAGGAGCCCCCUGUUGUCUCUGUUGUGCUUAAAGUGCACAUGCAUUGUGAAGCCUGUGCGCAGGAGAUAAAGAAGCGUAUUCUGAAGAUGAAAGGAGUACAGGCUGCGGAGCCGGAUCUGAAGGCCUCUCAGGUGACGGUGAAAGGCAUAAUGGACCCUCCAAAACUAGUAGAAUACGUCUACAAGCGAACCGGCAAGCACUCCGUCAUCGUCAGCUCAGAACGGGAAGGUGGAGACGAUAAGGAAAAGACAGACGGAGGUUCGCCAGAGGAUGGGAUCGCCGGCGGGAAGGUGUUGGAGCUGAAGAAAAACGAGUUCUAUUAUUAUUAUCCGAGAUAUCCAACGGAGUAUCAGUCGUACGCGCCGCAGCUGUUCAGUGACGAGAACCCGAACGCUUGCUCUGUUAUGUAAAAAUUGUUAAGAAAGAAGAGUGAUUUCUAUAUAUGAAUGAGGCGGGCAUAAUGUUAAUAAGCUUUUUUUGUUGGGUUGUCUAAAUGCUAAUCAGCUUCUUUCUCUUU